AAACCGUUACCAACAGUUCCUGAAGAUGUAUUAUCAAUUAUAUACAAUAAUUCAUGGAAUAAUAUUGAUAGGCUAAUGGCGUCUUUUAAUACGACAACAGCCACGCAAACUACUAAAAAUAUUAACUAUAUUUCUACAAAUUCACAUACUGAUAAAAUGGACACACAGCUUGCAAAGAAAAGCCAAACAAUGGAAUCAAGAACAGAAAGCUCAGAUUUUGAUGAUGAAGUCAGGGUUUUCUUUACAAAACCAGUUAGUGACCCUGAAACCGGUUCUUUGGUAAAUCGAAAAACAUUUGAAAACGUCGUACAAGCUGCGCCAAUUAUCGCUGUGCUAUUGAAUAAUACAAUUAAUGAAACUCAAUCCAGAAUUAAACGUUAUAUCAAAUCAUUGGAUAUUGAGAAUGCAAGACCGAGAAGCACGACACACAAAUUAAGAAAAGAAACAACGGAAAUGAUCUACAAAUAUUCCGACAUGCAGGAUCUGGCACAGUUGGUGGAACUUCAGGAUGAUGAACUCCAAGGCCGUGUGUCCCUUCGAUAUUUACGAAAAUAUGUCGGCGCAGCGCUAUUUAAUAUUUGUGAUUAUCACGAGCCGAAAACACGGCAAGUUUACUUGUUUAACGCUUCAAGGAUCGUCAUUGCUAUUAGCAAUUUUACGCUGGAAAGGAUGACCCUGGUGGUGACACCAGCUCGUUCACUGCUAAACAGUGUAGGCCGUUGCCCACCAGCCCAUCUGGAGUGUCAAGUGGCUGGUACAAGGGUGUGUAUAGACUCAACCAACGCGUGCGAUGGAGUACCUAAUUGUGGGGCUUACGAUAUAUAUGAUGAGGACCGUCUCCGAUGUGGCUGGUCCCACGGGCUUCAGCAUAACGUCUGCCUGGCCGCCUGCACAUUCGUGGCUGUCAUUUUGACACUUCUAUAUACGGUCCACUACUGGCUGAAGCGAUGCGUGCCCAGGGUGUCACAGGCAUUCUUCAUCUACGCCGACGCAUCUGAAAACAUCCUUUAUUUGGACACAGUCAUGAGAUCUCCGAAUGACACAACGGAUGAUUACUCCAAACUGUUCUAUCAAGCCAAUAUUUUUGAUGAUGAUGAUGACAUGAAAGAAAAUGAUACAUCUCUAUGCAGAAGAAUUGCAGCAUUCUUCUGCGGAUGUUUUCGCAAGAAAAAAGCGGACAAUUUAUCGGAUGAAGCAUUUGCAGAGAUUGAACAGUUAUCACAUGUCCCGAGAAAAUUGUAUUCGUUCACUGAAUUGGAGCUGCGUAAUAUCGCACCGGUGAUAAAAGACGCUGGCGUGCAGACUGGAAACAGUUUGGAAAUUUCGAAAAAAGAAAUGACAGUGAAACAAAAGACGAGCGCAAGUUUAGAAAUGUCAAAUGAGGAAACGUCAGAGAAACAAAAGAAGACCACGGAAAUGCGCAAUGAUCCAAUAAAAAAGACGCACGAACCAAGAAGGAACAGCGAACUUAACCUCCUUCAGCUCAUAAGAAAUCUAAAAAUUUCAGAUUCCGAUUCAAGUAAUAAAACAGAAACGGAAAUAAAUAAUACAAUUUACGAAAAACCUGUUAAACCCCAUAAAAUAUCUACCGAAACCAAAGAUAAACAUUUGAGAUUUGAUGAAGACAUUGUCACAAUACCAAGGAACGAUAGUCAAGAAAGCUCUGAACAUACAAUAGAAGAUGAAAAACCGAGCACGAGUAAAGAAUUUAAGGGUUUUUGGCGAUCGGGAAAGAAGAAACAAAAGAAAUCCCAUCUUGCAUUACGAUGAUUUUAGUUUUAUUUGGACUACAAAGCAACACGACGUCCAACUCGACUUUGCUCUAUCCAUACAAUUUCCUAUAUCAAUUCUUUAACGCCAGAAAUUGUCCCAUCAGCGGCGCUUUGUAGUGAUCAUACUGUAUUAGAUUUAACAAAGAACUUCCUAUAUUUAUAAUUGUAAUUGAAUUUAAUA